AUGGUGACGAUCGUCAACACCACGGAGGACGAGCCGAUGCUGGCGGUGGUGCGCUCCACGGCGGAGCUCGCCUGGGCCGACGUGGGCGCCGAGGUCACCAACCCGGAGGUGGCCCGCCUCUGCGCCGAGGCGCAGCAGCACGUCCUCGCCGGCCGCUGGCUCGACAUGGCUGCCCUCAUGUUCGCCUCCGCCGACCUCCUCCUCCUCGCCACACGCCUCUCCGACAAAGAUCUCGAGUGCUCCCUCACCGUGAUCUGCAACCUCGUCACCAAGGCCGGAUCCGAGGACGAGGCGCUGGAGAUCGCCAGGCUCAUCUGCGCCAAGCUCACCCACCAGCCGGGUGAGAAGCCCACGCUGCGCAUCAAAGUCCUGUUCAGCCUGUACAACCUACUGCCGAGCCUCUCCGGCAAGGCCUUGGUCUACAGGAAGGCGCUCGAGCUCGCCGCCGCCGGGAAGACCGCCGACUGCGUCGUGCCCACCUUCAAGAACAUCGACGCCUUUGUCGCCUACUGGGGCAUCGGCAAGCCGGAGCAGAGGGACCUGUUCCUUGCCGUCACCAGGAUUCUUAAAGACCAGAAGGGCAUGACCAAGGAGUACUUCAAGUUUCUGAACAAGUACCUGGCUACAUUCGAUGGUUCGUCUGAUGAGGCCGACGCAAUUGGUGCAGCGAAGGAAGAAGCUGCUGCAGCAAUCAUUGAGUUUGUCAAGUCAUCUGACCUCUAUCAGGUACUUUUAUCCUCCGGCUCACAUCUCCGUCUUAGGUCUUGUGUUCGUGUGGAAAAAUCUCGUGAGAGCCAUAAUGCUUAUGAUUUUGAUUCUCUGGGCGAUGUAUCGCUUUCUCCAUACCAGAACAUGAUAUAA